AUGCUAAAAAUCCUCCUGCCAACAAUUAUGCUCAUUCCAACCACUUGGCUUUCCCCCGCCAAACAACUAUGAACCACAACCCUUGCCUACAGCCUAGUUAUUGCACUCGCCAGCCUAGCUUGAUUUAACUCCCCAACAGAAACAGGCUGAUCCUGUAUAAAUUCAUACAUGGCAACCGACCCCCUCUCAACCCCACUAUUAGCCCUUACCUGCUGACUCCUCCCCCUAAUAAUCCUUGCAAGCCAAAACCAUACUUCCUCUGAACCCACUGGACGACAACGAAUAUACAUUACACUUCUCACGUCCCUACAAAUCUUCUUAAUUCUAGCCUUUAGCGCUACCGAAGUGAUUAUGUUCUACAUCAUAUUUGAAGCUACCCUUAUUCCAACUCUAAUUAUUAUUACCCGCUGAGGAAACCAAACCGAACGACUCAACGCAGGGACUUACUUCCUAUUCUACACACUAGCAGGCUCCCUUCCCCUCCUGGUAGCUCUACUACUCCUACAAAAUAGCACAGGUACCCUCUCUCUUCUCACCCUCCAAUACACCCCUGCAAUAGAACUCUCAUCUUACGCCGACAAGUUUUGAUGGGCUGGCUGCUUGCUAGCAUUCCUAGUUAAAAUACCACUUUAUGGGGCCCACCUCUGACUGGCAAAAGCCCACGUCGAAGCCCCCAUCGCGGGCUCUAUAAUUCUUGCCGCCGUACUACUCAAACUAGGAGGUUACGGCAUAAUACGAAUAAUAACCAUGCUAGAGCCCUUAACUAAAGAACUCAGCUACCCCUUCAUCAUUUUCGCCCUAUGAGGCGUAAUUAUAACAGGAUCUAUCUGUUUGCGCCAAACUGACCUCAAAUCUCUUAUCGCCUACUCCUCAGUAAGCCACAUAGGCCUGGUAGCAGCUGGCAUUCUCAUCCAAACUCCCUGAGGCUUUACUGGGGCCCUAAUCCUCAUAAUUGCACACGGACUUACGUCCUCCGCACUCUUUUGCCUAGCGAACACUAAUUACGAACGAACCCACAGCCGAACUAUGAUCCUUGCUCGAGGCCUUCAAAUAGCCCUCCCCCUAAUAACCGCAUGGUGGUUCAUCGCUAGCCUCGCUAACUUAGCCCUCCCCCCUCUCCCCAACCUGAUGGGAGAACUAAUAAUUAUCACCUCCCUAUUUAACUGAUCCUGAUGAACCCUAGCACUUACCGGAGCUGGGACAUUAAUUACCGCUGGAUAUUCCCUUUACAUAUUCCUAAUAACCCAACGGGGGCCAAUCCCCGCCCACAUAAUAGCCCUUCACCCCACCCACUCCCGAGAGCACCUUCUCAUCAUUCUUCACCUUCUCCCCCUUAUUUUACUGAUCCUCAAACCAGAACUGGUUUGAGGCUGGUCUGCCU